AUGCCUCUCCGAGCUCGGUUUAAGCGCCUCUGGGGGAAACACCGGCCCAGGACCAGCAAAAAUGCUACAACAACUGUGAAUGCAAAUCCGACCUCAGAAUCGCUUUUCCCAAAGUUGGGCCCAGACGACUCGGCAAUCUUCGUUGCCGCGUCCACCAGGGUGCUCACAAGCUCAGAGAGUUUGAAAGAAACUAGAUCCCUGGAUCCCGGGCCUACACUAGAAACAGUCCACACGCAGAAUGAUACCCCUAGGUCCAGCCAGGACCUGAAAUUGAGCAGCCUCUGGGAUGAAGCAUAUGACGAGCUUCGAAAAGAAAAUGCAAAGCUUGUAGAUGCCUAUGAGCAAGACUUGUUUUCCAUUCAGAACUUGGGACAGCAAGCCCCUAAAGGCGAGGAUAGGGAGAUCCAGCUUCAGAAGCUACUAAAUUCGAAGCUUCAGAACAUUGAGAACUCGCAAAUGAAAAUUUCCAUACAUGGAAAAGACGUUGUUAUCAGAGAUCAGGCUAGGAAGGUCGUACAUUCCAUCCUUUCAGUGAAAGAUUACAUCGGAUCUAUAGCCUUUGCAGAGCCACAUGCGGCCCUAGCUUGGGCAGGAAUUUUAAUUAUUCUCCCAGUUAUUACAAAUCCAAUCACACAAGCUGAAUACGGCACUGAAGGUCUUGAAUAUAUAUCAGAACUUCUGGUUCGGUGUAAGGUAACGGAGGACACCUAUCGUGAGAACCUUGCAUGUGUGCUUGCAACUUCAAGCCCAAGCAUACCAGCAUACCUGGUGGAAUUAAAUGUCUCCUUCAGAGCUAAGACUAUCAGCAUUUACUCACAGAUACUAAAGUAUCAAAUAAGCCUCUCCCAGCAAUGUUCUCGUUCGGGACUAUUUUGCUUCUUGAGAGACUAUGUAAUUGCUGAUGAUUGGCAGGGCAUGCUGGAAAGCAUAAAAGGCACUGAGGAAGACAUCAGCAGAGUUUUGGAUUCAUUUGAUAGCAGAACUUUAAGAAAGAUAGACGAGCAAGUUUCUGUUCUUCGAAGCAACGCGGAUAAAUCCUUGGGUCUCUUGUUAGAGACUAAAGCCGGCGUUGAGGUGCAAUUGCUUGGAAAGCUCUAUCGUGCGGAAUCCCUGGAAGGUACCCGCAUUGAUAUCCUCCGCGAAAUUCAGCACUGGGGAGACGGGCAUCGUGAGGAAUGCAUGUUUUGGAUUAAAGGACUAGCCGGGACUGGCAAAUCUACCCUCGCUCGCACUAUCGCCCAUCACUUCAACGAGAAGGGGAGACUUGGGGCAAGCUUUUUCUUCUCGAGGGGCAAGAAAGAUCUGGGGGAUGCCACUGCUAUUUUGACAACUAUUGCUGUCCAGCUAGCUGAGGCGUUACCUGAUUCGAAAAAUGACAUCUGCGAUGUUAUAGAGAAGCAUGGCGAUAUUGGCCAGCAGCCAUUAUAUAACCAGUGGCGGCAACUUAUAUUCCAGCCUCUUCUUAGGUUAGAUAGAAAGCUGUUGUUGCCCAUUGUUCUGGUUUUCGUUCUCGACGCGCUUGAUGAGUGCGAGGGUGAUGAGCACCUUGGUGAAAUCCUGCGCCUCCUAACCGAACUGAAAUCGCUCAAGAUCAUGCAGGUUAAAGUGCUCCUAACUAGCAGGCCAGAACGAUCAAUUUAUGCUAGUUUCCGCGAACUUCCCGACAUCGUCCAUCAUGACCUAACUCUUCAUUCAGUUCCCAAAGUCGUCAUUGAUGGUGAUAUCUCGAUUUUUCUGAGAUACGAGCUGGGAAAAAUUCAAAAUAAACGACGUAUCGACACUAGCUGGCCUGGAGAUGAAAGCAUCCAAACCCUCGUUCAGCGGGCAGACCGCCUUUUCAUUUAUGCAGCGACGGUGUGCCGGUUUAUCGGCGAGUCUCGUUUUCCAGAAAAGCGCAUGAGCGAAAUCCUCCAGACCGAGUCUAUGAGUCGGUCGUCUACCAGCGAGCUUGACAAAAUGUACUCAGAGAUUUUAAAACACGUUCUCGAUGAAGGCAGCGAUGAAGACAAAGAAGAUAUGGCAGGUCUGUACAAGCAGAUUGUUGGAUCUAUCAUCGUCCUCUUCGAGGCCCUUCCAAAAUCUGCUCUAACUUCGACGCUUGAACUUCCAUCAACGGAUAUUACGGAAAUACUCGAAGCCCUUCACUCUGUAUUAGAUAUCCCCGAUGACGAAAACAUGCCGAUCCAACUGUUCCAUCUUUCUUUUCGUGACUUUCUCUUCAGUGAAGAAAGAUGCGCCAACCCCACAUUCACAAUCAAAGAGGAGGCUGCACAUGGCGGCUUGUGGAAACACACCUUCCUCAAGAUCUCCAGUAUGCCUGGCGCUAGAAACGCUGCUGCUAUCGAAGAUAUAUUCUUUUCGCCCGAUGGCGAUUUUCUUAUUUCAUCGGGCGGUAACUUAAUUAACGCGUGGGAUACAACGACUGGGGCCUUUCGAUAUGCCAUUCCAGAUAUUUCGCAAAGUAAAUUCGCACUUAAACGGCAAGAGGUACUGUCACCCGAUGGCCAAUUCCUCGCUUGCACGUCUAACUUCGACGAUAAGAUCAGACUAUGGGAUUUAAAGAGAGUUGCUAUUCACUCCACUCUUGAAGGCCAUGUAGACUCUGUUAGUUCGAUUGCGUUUUCACCCGAUGGCGAGUAUAUCGUGUCAGCAUCCUUGGAUAAAAGUAUACGGCUAUGGGAGGUAAAAAAGGGCCGAUCUAAAAUCCUUUUCGGUGGGAAAUCCGAUUUACUACUUGAAAAAACCCAAUCUCUCUCCUUUGAAACCCCUACCAAUGGAACAAUGUUCUCUCCAAACGGUGAAUUCAUUGCUGGCUACAUACAUGGCCUCGGCCACGAUCAAGUCCAGCUUUGGGAUGCGAAAACAAACUGUUUAGUUGGGGCUCUUCCUCAUCCACGCUUUAUUUUGACUCUGGCAUUCUCAUAUGAUGGAAAAUUUAUUGCAUCCGCCUGUUCGGACGGUACAGUGAGGAUAUGGGAUCCGCGAACGGCGACGCUCUGCGGAAUUCUUACACAAGUCAAAUCAGGCUACGCAGAUUGUAUUUCGCCGUUUGCCUUUUCACCAGAUGGACAAUCAAUUGCGUGUAUAUCGCACGGAGCAGUCGAAAUAUGGGACCUGAAGUCGUUGUCUUUGUGUGGCACCAUCGAGAACGAUACAGAAGCGAUAACAUGUAUAACUUUUUCUCCGGACAGCAGGCUGCUUGCGGCAGCCUCCGGACGAUUUUUGAAGUUUUGGGAUCGUCAAACUAAAAGUUUACGCGGAAUGCUUGCUGGGCACACAUCGAAAAUAACCACCUUGAAGUUUUCACCCAACGGUCAGUUUGUUGCUUCCGGCUCCCUCGACAAUAGUGUGAGACUCUGGGACACGAUGGGUCUUGGCAUCCCUAGUAGAAUUAUCCAGACUCACAUUUCUAAGAUAAAAUUUACGGGGAGUGGACACUAUGUCGUUUCAUAUUUGAGUGACGAAACAACUGAAUUGCGGGAUCCAUCAACAGGUGUCCCGAUGUUCACAAUUCCCGAUUUCUUGCAAUUUUCUGAUAAAGUGGAUUUCUCGCCUGUAAAUAACCUUCUCGCUUACACAGAUGACGAUACGGUAAAUCUCUGGAAUAUGGCGACCAGAAAGUUCUAUGGCAGCCUAACAAUUACGGAUAGGGUGGUUAAAGAUGGGAACGACCUGGCGGUAUCAUAUCAAAACCAUGCCAUCGUUAUUUGUGACUUAACGAUAAAAAAGCGGCGGUACGUUCUAAAGGGGCAUGCAGACGACGUUUACAAGCUUGAAUAUUCCUCCGACGGCCACUUGCUAGUCUCUGCUUCAAGGGAUGAUUCAUUACGGCUUUGGGAUCCAGCAACCGGCGAGUUGAUCGGCCUCCUUGGACGGCGAAAAGGUAGGAUUUGGGACAUGGCAGUUUCCUCUGAUGCAAAAGCCAUCAUCUGCAUUUCAGGCCAUUUCGUUACAUUUUGGGACACAACCACGAAACUAAUAAAAAUGGAAUUGGACCUUAAGGAUAAACAGGUGGGAGACGGUGUCGGAUCACCAAUUCCACUACCUUCGUUAUUUGAAUAUCUUGAUAUGCUUCCUUUGUCUGCAUUCGAUUGGAAGGAGGACAAUUUGGUCAUCCGGGCUGAUCCCCUUUGCGUGAAAAAGCCGUGGGUGGCCUAUCAGCUACAGGCCGUUCUCUGGCUUCCUGGGGGGUAUCGUCCCAUACGCGGCAACUCUACGAGCAUACACGGCAAUACAAUUGCCCUGACGGGUCAAUCCAACUCACUGAUGCUUAUCAAACUCGAUUUAAAGUCAAUCCCAUCAAAAUAUUGA